ACAAUUUAUAUCAACAUAAUAUUGUAAUUAGUUUUUUUAUGUUAAUUACUUAUAAGAUUUCUAUGUAUUUAUACAUUGAAUUAUCUAACAACUAUAUAAAAUGAUUCAAAAACUAAGGAGUUUCAUGUUAAAAUAUCUUAUCAUUUUAUAUCAAAACAAAACUCAUCCAUAAUUUAGGUAGAUUUAUUUUCAUGGAACAUCCUGUAAAUCCACUUCAUUCAUCUUUUUACAAAGAUGGUUGAAAAGGUUACGAGAUGAAAAUAAACUACCGACACACGUGAAAUUGAAUUUACUAUCUUUCAACCACCAUGACAAAUAUUUUGUUGAGAUGCGUAAAUUAUUUUGGAUAUCUUCCGAAAGUAGCAAUAUUGAAUGAGAACAACAAAAUAAUAAGUUUAGCAGUUCAACAGUGUGCUAAACUACUAACUUUAACGAGAUCAACAUCACAACUUAUCGAUGAAAAUAAAAUCGCAAUAGAUGAGAAAUUUCAUAAUAUAAGUAAAAAUAUAUUAAUAUACAAAUCUAUAAGAAAAAAUGAAAUUGAAGAUAUUGUGAAUCGUAUACACUCACCAUAUCUUUUAACUAGUUAUCAAGCAUUUUCAUUACUUAGAUGGUGUAAUAAUGUAGAAGAUUGUACCCCACAAGAGAGAGUGAAAAUUAUGAAAUCUUUAUGGAUUAAUUUAACUAUAUGCAAUUUCCAGCUAGAAGUAAUACAUUACAAUGCAAUUUUAAAGCUAUACGUAGAUAAUAAUUAUGAUAUUUCUCUUUCUGACUUAUUAAUGGAAAUGAAAAAUAAAAAUAUUGAUCCAAAUAGUGUUACACAUCUGAUAUGUUUUGAAUAUUAUUGUAUGAAAGGAGAUAUUAAUAAGUCAUUGCUACUUUUGAAAUCUCAUUUCUGUAGAUUUCCAUUUUCUUCACUUGAACCUAUUUUUAAUGCAUUAUUAAUGGGAUUUUCUCAAUUAGGGAACAUAGAAUAUGUAAAUAAACUUUUAAAUAAUAUGACAAAUAAAGAUAUAAAACUAACUUCAAAGUCAUAUACUGCUAUUAUGUGUACUUAUGCCAAAUUAAAGAAUAUUGAUAAAAUAAACGAAGUAAUUAAAACUUGUUACUCAAACAAUAUGUAUUUUACUAAUGCAAAUAUUUUGGAGGUGAUUUAUGUGUUGGCUGUAAAUAAUCACAUAGAACACAUUAAUAGUAUGUAUCAGUAUUUAAAGAAAGUACUAUAUGUGUCUGAUGAAGAAAUUCAAAUUAUACUGAAAUUAAUAAAUAUUAAUCAAGCAAAUAUAGCUAUAACUGCAUUUUUACACAUGAUUUUAAAAGUUGAUAAAUGGUCACAGUAUGAAAAUAUUAUGAAAAUAAUUAUAAAACAUGUAGUUGAUAGAUGUAUGGCAGCUGAUUUAGUGAUUCAGAUAUGUAAUUGUUUUAAAUCUAAUCCAGGAAUGUAUAAGAAAUCAGUAUCAUUGUCAUUGUAUUAUUCAUUACAAAAAGAUGAUCAUUUAUUUCUUUCUCUGCUGAGAGCAUGUAAAUCUCAUUAUAUAAUAAAACCACACUAUUUUUGGCCACUUUUAAUCAGAAGGGCAACUAAAUAUGAUCAUCAUGGUAUUUUAAAUAUUCUUCAAAUUAUGGUUGAAGAGUUUAAUGUAUUUCCUUGUAUUCAUACAAUUACUGAUUACGUUUUACCAACUUCCUUUAAAAGUGUACGCCACACAAAAGAUUUAUUAAAACAAAAAUAUAAAGUAGAUGUAACUGUAUUUAAUAAUGCUUGGGUAUUAUUGUGUUUAAAAAAAUAUAAAACAGGGUAUGCUGCAUCAUACAUACAAUAUAACCCAGGUCUAUAUUUUUAUAAGGAACUUGUUUAUGAUCUUAGGAAUGCUACAAUUUUUAGAAAUGAUAUAGAAAGUUUUGUAAAUAUCAGUUACAACUUAUUAGAAGAUACAAAUAAUGCAAAAUUAGAACUUGUAUCUAUGGAUAAACAGUUAUGCGAUAUGAUGCUCGAGUUUCCACUUAAUAAAAUAUGGUUAAAAAGGGUAGUUGAUCGUUUAACACGUAAUGGUAUUGAAUUAAAAGAUACAACAAUAAAGAUGAUAAAUAUUUUUCUAAAGGAAUAUGAAGGAAAUGAUAGAACACCUUCAAAGAAAACGCGAAACGUACAGAUUAAUUAAUUAUUAAUGGGAUUAAUUAAAGUCUGUAUAACAUGUUGGAAGUAAUAUAAAGUGUAUGCAAACCAGUAGAAAAUAAUGUAAUAAUAUUUCGAGUUACCUGCAUCAAUACAUCAAAUGAGACUGUCAUUUUUUAACUGCACAAAUAAAUGUUCUAAUGGUAGCUUUUGUUAUAUACACCAAAGGAAUAAUAAUUUAAUGCUAUUCGUAAUAAUAUAAAUACUCGAAGACGAUAAUUUAUUUAAGCAAUUAAUUGAUAAA